CGGGGAGGGGCUGGGGCUGCGGGCUGCGGGCUGCGGGCCUGGAAGGGGCCCGGGAGGCGAUACUGAGCUGGCCUCGGGCACGCGAGUCAGGGCCAGCGGCGGACGGGCGCGCGGGCCGGGCAGGUUCCGAGGGGAUGGUCCGACUGUCUGCAGAGGGUGGAUAUCUGGUCCGAGCGAGGGGGAGUGAGGGAGGGUAAUCGGCUAGAGUGGGGGGACUGUGAGUGUGGAGGAGCGGGGGCCGGUGACUGUGUCCGCGUCUCUGGGGUUUGAGGUUAGUUGUGUGUGUUUGAGGGUGCCCCAACCAUGGAGGUAAGCCUAGAUUCACGGGGCCUGGAAGGAAUGGCAAGUGGGGGGCGAGUGAUCUUGCAUUGAGCGGCAAUGGCAAGAGGGCAAGCUCCCCCACCCUCCAGGAUGAAGGGAGGCACUACACUGGACCCUGGAGAGAGGACCCAGGGAAGCCACAGCCCAGAUGGUCAGCAGGUGCAACCUCACCAUGACACCAUGGAGGGCCAGACAGAGCCACAGCACGCAGCACGCAUCCUCCUCACAGGCAGCUCACCAUGCCCAUUGAGUACCCACACCUGGCAUCUGUCCAUCACAACACCACAUCUGGAUGGGCAGGGGCUCUGGUCCCACACACACCAGGACCUGGGCCUUGAGGGGACCCUCCUCACUGACAUCCUAUACAGGAACGUGGCCUUCCUCAAUCUGGUGGACCCCAUCUCCCAUGACCUGCUUGUGAACCUGGCCCGGGACCUGCAGUGCCCCAAAACGGACUAUGAGCUCUGGAAGUCCUCGGACAAGACCUGCCGGCAGCUCGUCUACCACCUCACCCCUCACUCCAAGCGGCAGCAAGGGUCCAACCUGCCCCGGAGGAAGACCCAGAGCUGCCUCAAGAGCAGCCUCCAGAAGACUCUGCUGGCAGGGGAGACUGUUAACCUCUCAGGAAUCCCGCUGUCAGCGCGGGACGUGCAGCACAUAACGCGCUACCUGGGCAGCCAGGGCGCGGGGCUCGCCGUGCUGGACCUGAGCUUCACGGAGCUAAGUGACGAGCUGCUGGGCCUGCUGCUGCCCAGCCUCUGGGCGCUGCCCCGCCUCACCCAGCUCCUGCUCAACGGCAACCGGCUGACACAGGCUGCCGCCCGCGAGCUCACUGAGGCGGUCAAGGACACCAGCAAGUUCCCGGCGCUGGCCUGGGUAGACCUGGGUAACAACGUGGAUGUGGCCUCUCUGCCUCAGCCCCUGCUGGUCGGCCUGCGCCGGCGGCUGAGCCAGCGCACCUCGCUCCCCACCAUCUAUGAGGGCAUGGUCCUUGAGCCUGAGGACCUUGAGCCUGAGGACAGUGCAGCCACCGUUGCCUCCACCUGGGGCUCUGCAGCAGCCGGGCCAGGGCCAGAGCCCCAGGCCUGCUGCACUAGGUGACCCGCCACCUACCCUGGCUCCUGCUACCUGACUGACGAUGCUCCCAAACACGUGAGAUAGAAGGUGAUGGAGACCACGGAGGUCCCCCAAGCCCCCAGAGAUCCAGUGCAAAUGCUCAGCCUGGGUUUAAGGAGAUGGAAGGAGAAUGAGCCCAAUGGAGGCCAAAUGGUCAACCCAGGUGGGGAGUCUCAGCCUUCUCUCAGUAAGAAGGGCCUGGCACCCACUGUGCAGACCCCACAAUAAAAGGUGAUGCUUC